AUGAAACUUCAAGUCAUUGUCAUCUCUGCUGUUCUCUUUAUAUCUAUGUCAGAGGCAGGUCAUUACGGUUGGUGGUUUCCAAUCAGGAACCUCAACGAACCAUAUGUGAGGGAGAUUGUUCAAUUUGCAUUGACAGAACACCAGAAACAAUCUGGUGUAAAAUUGAGUCUAGUUGAUGUAAUCGAUGGUCAUUAUAUGGCAGGGGAGCAUCAUUCAACGCUCUAUAAAUUUUGGUUGGCGGCGAAAGAUGAAUCUGCUACUAAAAAAUAUGAUGUUGGAGUUAAUGUUCAAGUUGAUCCCCAUGUUAAGAGACUCGUUUGGUUCGAUCCAGCUCCUUAA